CCAACUCUCUCUCUCGUCAAAAUUAGGGUUUAAUUCCAAAAAGAUUGCGAAUUCAGUAUUCAAUCCUCCCCGAUAAUGUCGACAUCUACGGUGUCUCUCACCGCUAACCCGACGGCGGCGAUUAGACGAACGCCAAUUAUCUCCGGCGACAAGAAAUCCACCCUCGAUUUCCCGCCUAGCGAAUCGCACGCCAAUGCCCCCACCGGAGAUCCGAGCCACGAUCCGAUUCGCAGCGAGAGAUCCAACAGUUACGACGUGGGUCCGGUGACAAGAAAGUCCGGAUCCACCACCGCGACGGGGACCAAAACGACGACCGCUAAUCAGCGACGGACGCGGAAGGGGACUAAGAACGAGAAGAUGCCGUGGACGAGAGUGGUUAGGGUUUUCGCGAAGCAGUGUGUGGCGCUUCUGUUACUCGCGGGGUUGAUUCAAUUGGUUAGGAGAGUGAUUGUAAAGGAGACGACUUUAUCAUCUUCUUCGUCGAGUUUUUCGAUUGAGACGGAGAUGGGUUUGUUGGAAUUGGAGAGUAGGAUUGCUGCGGUGGAUGGUUUGGUGAAGACCACGACGAAGAUGAUGCAGGUGCAAGUGGAGUUUCUUGAUAAGAAGAUGGGAAGCGAGACGAGAGCCAUUAGGGAGAGGAUUGAUUCAAGAUCUUCUGAUUUGGAGAGUGAGCUUAAGAAGGUAGAUGAUAAGGUAGAAAUGUUAGAAGCUUCUGUAGAGGAAGUUAGGUCUAAGCCUUUUGUGUCUAGAGAGGAGUUAGAGAGGGUUUACGAGGAAUUCAAGAAGAGUAAGGUUCAUGAAGCUUCUGUUAGUGAUGUUAGCAUUGAUGAGUUAAGAGCUUAUGCUCGUGAGGUUGUGGAGAAAGAGAUUGGGAAGCAUGCUGCGGAUGGUCUGGGGAGAGUUGAUUAUGCGUUAGGGUCUGGUGGGGCUUUUGUGAUGGAUCAUUCGGAUCCGUAUCUUGUUGGAAGUGGGGGUUAUUGGUUUGGGACAAGUAGGAGACGGGUUCAUGGCAAAGCGGUUAAGAUAUUGACACCGAGUUUUGGGGAGCCUGGUCAGUGUUUUGCUUUGAAAGGAAGUAAUGGGUUUGUUCAAGUUAGGCUGAGAGCACCGAUAGUACCAGAGGCUGUUACGUUGGAACAUGUCUCUAAGGCUGUGGCGUAUGAUAGAUCGAGCGCACCAAAGGAUUGUCGUGUAUCAGGAUGGCUAGAAGAUAAAGAUAUGGAGAGUGAGACGAGGCUUCUUCUAACAGAGUUCAGUUACGACUUGGAUAGGUCCAACGCACAAACUUUCGACAUUGCGGAGUCAGCUAACUCGGGACUUGUCAACACUAUAAGGCUAGACUUCACAUCAAACCAUGGAAGCGAUUCACACACUUGUAUCUACCGGUUCAGAGUUCAUGGACGUGAACUAGACUCAGUAUCUGCUGUUCAUGCUUAAUCUUCUUUGUAACUUUCCCCUCGUAGAUAUAUCUUUUUUUCCACUUUUGUGUAUUAGGAAAACUCAUCUUUUUUUUUUUUCAUCUUAAAUCUGUUCAGGUUCGGUUUAUUCAUAACAUAAUUGUAGCAAAUUAAAUAAUUUCCACACAUAGGUUCGGUUUAAAUAAUUAACAUAAUUG